AUGCCUCCCACACCCUGUGUGAGAUGCCAUGAGCAACGGGCCGUCGUCAAGAGGCCAAAAAAUCACCAAAAGCUUUGCCGGGAGUGCUUUCUUUCUAUUUUCGAAGACGAAAUUCAUCAUACCAUCACUUCAUCAAAACUCUUUUACCCAGGAGAAAGGGUAGCCAUCGGUGCAUCAGGAGGAAAGGAUUCCACAGUGCUGGCGUCGGUGUUAAAGACUUUGAACCAGCGCCAUGACUAUAAGCUUGAUCUGGUAUUAUUGAGUGUUGAUGAGGGUAUCAAGGGCUACAGAGAUGACUCUCUUGAAACAGUGAAGCGAAAUGCCACCCAAUACGAAAUGCCGUUGAAGAUUGUGGGUUACGAUGAGUUGUAUGGAUGGACUAUGGACCAAGUCGUUGAGACGAUUGGUAAGAAGGGAAACUGCACCUAUUGCGGUGUAUUUCGUCGUCAGGCCCUGGAUCGUGGCGCAAAGAAGCUGGACAUCAAGCACGUCGUCACGGGCCACAACGCUGAUGACGUUGCUGAGACGGUCUUGAUGAAUCUUCUCCGUGGAGACCUGGCUCGUCUUUCGAGAAGCACCAAUAUCGUCACAGGUGACUCCCUCAGUGACGUCAAGCGGAGCAAGCCUCUCAAGUAUGCCUACGAGAAAGAAAUCGUGCUCUACGCCCAUCAUAAGAAACUCGAUUACUUUAGUACCGAGUGCAUUUACAGCCCAGAAGCAUUUCGCGGUACCGCACGCAGUUUAAUCAAGAGUCUUGAGAAAGUUCGACCUAGUGCUAUUCUCGACAUUGUGAGGAGUGGCGAAGAUAUGGGCGAGUUAACACCGGACAAAGUACAGGCCUCGUGUGCUUGUGAUGAUGGUGGGAUGGGAAGCUGUGGAUCUGGAGCUCAGAAAGAGGCAGCGCUCAAGAAGGAUUCUCAGAUGGAAAAACUUGAAACAGAGAUCAAGUUAAACAAAACAGAAGAGCCCUCGGAUGUGGUCAAGCUACCCAUACGAGGAAAACACGGAAAGCAAACGAAAGGAUCAACCACGGGAGCAUUGCCGAGCCUUGGAAAAUGUAUCAAGUGCGGAUACAUGUCGAGCCAGUCCAUAUGUCAGGCUUGCACCUUACUCGAAACUUUAAACAAGAAUAGAGCAGACAUAGCAAUAUGA